ACGAAUCUUGUGUUGGCGCGCAGCAAUGAUCCUGCGCAGCCUGGGAACGAAUUCCAGUUGACAACUGGCCUAGGAUUCAAGAUGGCCAAUGUCAUUGAAGCCGACACGGCACUGUGGCUUCGGAAUAAACUGGACAACGAAGACCAGUGGUCAUCAGGCGGAAUAACAUCACUUCUUACUGCUGAUGUAUUAAGGAAUACUUACAGAUCGUUUAAAAGCUUGGACCACCGAGUACGUCUGAAAUUGCUGCUAUCUUUUCUUGAAAUCCGAAGAAGAAAUCUCGAAAACUUGAAAGAUGAGUUGAGCAUGGUAAUAGGUCUUGGCUUAGAUGACGAGGAUGACUGGGUAAGACUGGUUGCAUGCAUUUUAUCAGAGUACCCACAGUCUGCUAGUUUUCACCCUGAUGUGCGCGAAGGCAGUGAAACAUUUGCUCAACUUGUCCAUGAACUGGGCGGCCAAGUGAAUGAUGGAUCAAUUAAUUGGAUAGCCCUUCCUUGUGAAUGUCCAUACCUCAACAAGACUGCUUUAGUUAGCUCAUUUGGCACCCAACCACCUCCAUCAAAAAACUUUACAUUAAGAAGAAAACCAAAGUCUGCAGCUUUGAGAGCUCAUCUUACUCAGAAAGCAUCUGAGGCAGCAACCCAUAGAAGGUCGUCAACAAAUCAACCACACUCUACACCACUGUCCCCAUUAAAGAAGAAUGCUGGUCCAGGGUUUUUAAAGGACAGUCAGAAACACCAUCCUGCUCCUAGUAAACCCCAGUUGGUAAUACCAUUAAGGCAGCAUACAAGACCAACACUCAGAGAGACCGCCCUCCCGAAGAAAACCAAGCUUUUAGACAUAACCGAACAACCCAUUGGAGGAGCAAGUCGGGAGGCUAAAAAGCGACGAAAACAAGCCGAAACUGAAGCAUCAGCCGACGAACCCAAGCCAAAGAAAUCAGAACACAGUCGACAAUCAAAACAACAAAAGAGUAGCGAGACCGCUCCAAAACCAAUUCCUGAAGUUGCAGCAUAUGCUGCGGGUCUUAACGGCGCGGAAACCAAGGUUGAACCCAAAGAGAUUCCUAAGAAAGAGCCAGAAUCAGAAGCACAACCAUCCUAUGCCGUCAUACCAGGCUCAAUAAAAAAGCCCCCAUUCACAACCCCUGCUUCUACGACGGCAGCACCCCGAACGACGGAUAAAAAUAACAUUAUAAAUGUUGAUCCAAACGCCAGUUUAGCAACGCAGGAAAUCCAAAGAGAGUUGCAGAUUCGUAUACGGCAGCAGCAAGCUUUGCGGCAGCAGCAAGCUUUACGGCAGCAACAACAGAUGUUGAAAGACAUUCGAUUAAAUCAAACGCAAACGAGGCCCUCGGCAGAUCCUGCAGUCAUGCCAAGUUCGCUAAAUCAGCCGACAGCGCUACAAGCAUCGACAAACGCAAACGAAGCUCAGCGGCCAACGAUGGAUUUGAGCCAGCGCACGAACCCACAAGCAAAACGAGGCUUAUCAUUAACGAAAGAGCAGAUGUUAGCUGCCCAAGAAAUGUUCAAAUCGGCGAACAAAGUGACAAGAGCGGAGAAAGCGUUGAUAUUAGGCUUCAUGGCUGGCGCGAGAGAUAAUCCUUUUCCACAGCAAGGCCCGGUCCUCACGAUAAAACUCAGCGAAGAUACGGAAAACAGCCAAGUUGGACCUAACAGCGCACAAACAACUUUGAUCGAAAUGCUAUUUGAAAUGAACUAUGAAACUGGUCAUUGGAGAAGGUUAAAAAGAACCAGAGUUUUGGCGCCGAUGAAUGAGGGUGAAACUACGUAAUUUGUCCUACAGAACAUGACGAUACACGUCGGGUCUAAGACAGACGACUUUAAGCAAGGUUUUUGAAACAUGCCUUCAACAAUUUCGGCUUUUAGGCCAAGAAAACACCAAAGCUUCUCUGGCCUCAGUCGAAGAGAACUACUUAUUUGGGAUGCGCCGUGACCCUCCGACCUACGAGCAUUGACCUGUGACCUCCAAUUUUUAGAACUUUUGUGCUAGGGCAAAGGUCACUUAAUAGCCUUCUAUUGUUGACCUGUGACCCCCUGCCAAAGACUUGUUUAGAUGCUUCGUUGUCAGUUUCUGUCACACAGGUGUUGGUGACCCUUUUAAUUGUUUUCAAUGUAUCCUAAAAAUAAAUAAAAUACCGUACCAAAUGCAUUUGAAAAUCAAUUUUGAGUAAAUUUCCGUUAUAGGCCAGUCAAGUUUGAAGUGAACAGCCGUUUUAUACAUCGUAGGUUGCGUCUGUGACUUUUUCGAAAUGAUUAAGUUGCAGAUUUGAUAUGAUAUUUUCGAAGGUGAAAAUUGUGAUGGAAUCAGGAGCUUAUUAGAAUAUUUAUUUUGUAAUAUAUUGUAAUAUUCUUAUUUUCCUGGUUAGACUUGUAUGACUAGCAGCAGUACGAGUUUGUCACUGUUAGUGUGGAUUAGCCAAGUGGUGACUUUUUCAUUUGAUUACUUCAGUAAUUAGAUAAAAACUUAUUGAAUUGUAUUUCAAUCGAUCAUUCGGGGUAGAUGUAUAGCCUCAGGGUCUAGCAUUGACCAUAGAGUCGAUAGUUCUCUCCAAAUGCAUUUAUCAUUAUAUUUUUAAUGAGCAGGCCAUUAUCAGAUGUCGAAAACCGUUUAGUAGUAAUACUGUUCAUGGCGCUGAAGAUCACCUAUCUGAAGAAUUAUAAAUAUUUUAUUUGGAAUGCUAGAAGUCCAAAGAGUAAUAUAUUUUACUGGUGUUAAAAUACAAGACCUUGUUCUUCACUACUGCUUUG